AUGCCUGACCAGAACGAGACGAAAACCUUUGAGGAAAAGCUUCAGGAGCUCCAGGAGCUCCGGGAAACGCUAUCCAGGAUCCGCGAAUUAAACUCUGACCAAACCCAAGAUCAAAAGCAGAUACAGGAUCCCGCUUUACUCGAAAUGAUUGAUAAGUGUCAAAACAACAUCGAAGAACUUGAAGAGCUCAACAAGCUCGACCCAGCCAACCAUCCCAGAAUGAUUCGGGCGUUAAAGGACUGGGUACAGGCCAGGCCGCACAAUGUGAAGAUCUGUAUCUCCAGCCGCGGCGCGAAGGCGUUUCAAGAGGCUUUCGAGUCAUAUCCUGGGUACAAUAUCGAUGGAGUUAACUUGGUUGAUAUGCUGUGA